AUUACAUCAAACCAUCAGUAAUAACUUACUUUGUUCACAAUGAAGUUCUUAAUUGCUUUUGCACUUUUUGUUGCCUCUGCAGCGGCUUUGGACUGGCAUCAAGUCCUGCCAAUGACCGUGGAUCAUAGAGUUCCAGCUCUUCGUUCAGCUGGCGAUAAUGGUCGCAUUACAAAUGGAAAUCUUGCAUCUCCCAAGCAAUUCCCAUACCAAGCUGGUCUUAUGUUGCACUUGGCAAAGGGAUCAGCAUGGUGUGGUGGUACUUUGAUUUCGAACCGUUGGGUUCUAACUGCCGCUCAUUGUACUGAUUCUAUCAACUCUGUUGAUGUGUACCUUGGAGCUACAGACCGUACCAACCGCAACGAACCUGGCCAGAAGAUCAUCCGUGUUGACAAGAAAAAUGUCAUCGUUCAUGAACAAUGGAACCCAAGCACUUUGAUGAAUGACAUUUCUUUGAUCAAAUUGCCAGCUGCAGUGCAAUUGAAUGCUUACAUUCAACCUGCUAAAUUGCCAAAGAUGAAUGGAAAAUACUCCAACUAUGCUGGUGUCAAGGCCAUCGCCUCCGGAUGGGGCAAAAUUGCUGACUCUGCAACUGCUGCCACUGACAAACUCCGCUGGGUUGAAGUUCCAAUCAUGACCAAUUCCGCUUGCAGUCCAUACUUCGGGGGAUCUGUAAAGGAUACUCAUGUUUGCAUCAGCACCAAGGGAGCCAAAUCAACCUGCAAUGGUGACUCCGGUGGUCCACUUGUUUUGGCCGAUGGUAGCAACACUGUUAUUGGAGCUACAUCCUUCGGUAUUGCUUUGGGUUGUGAGAAGGGAUGGCCAGGUGUAUUCACUCGUGUCACCUCAUACUUAGAUUGGAUUCAAAAGCACAGUGGUGUUGUUAACAAGUAAAACUUAUAAAAUUGUAUACGAUUUUAAAUGGUUCAAUAAAAAAAUGAAUUCUUAAAUUAAA